UUAGGAAGAUAUCAAAGAGGAGCUGUCAAUUGAGAUCUAUCAUGACUGGCAAUCUAUCUAAGAGGCUUGCCUGGAGUGACUAUUGCUUUGAUUCAAAGCACAGACUAGAUCCUGAAGAUUCCCAUGAGGCACAGAAGAAGAAACCAAAAGAGAAGGAAAGGAGACUGGCAGUCAGUCAGUGGGACAAGGAUGUACAACCCCUCGUUUCAUCUUCUAAAUGGCUUCAGCUUCAUGGGCUCAAAAGAAACAAAUUGUCCCUAUCCCAGAUUUUGUCACAGAUUGGAUUCCAGCACAGGAAAGAUUAUGUGACCACUUUGGGGAAACUUGUGGCUUCUCGGUAUGCAGAUGGUCUGUUUCCUCAAUACAAGAGAGCACAAGAUGGCAGCGUGUAUAAUCUGACAGCCAAAAAAGAACUGAUUCUUCAUUUUGUGGAUUGUCUAAUGGGAGCUAUUGAGCUAUAUAAGCAGCGAAUGGAAUGGUUAACCAGUGAGAGCCGGCAGAUAUUUGGAGUGAUUCAAGAACAGUGCAUUGUCAUUGUUUUGGAUUUUGGUGCUGUGGCUCCAACUGAAUUUGAUCUAUGUCGGGAUGCACUUUCUAUGGUACUUGUGGAACAGGUGACCCAAAUUGCCAAAUUCAACCUCAUUCGGGCUGCUCAGGAUCUUAUGAAGUGGCAACAGAAAUCUGCUCCUGUGUCUGAGCAUACUGUAGAGUCUGCUCUUACGUGGCUCUGGAAGCUGGACCAUAUGACAGCUGCCAGCCAUACCAGCUCUGCUGAAGCCCUGCUGGAAGCCAUGAGUGAUGAGGCGGUCGAAGCCAUUUAUUACUUUGUUGUGGGUGAUGUUCCAGUGGACACAAAGCAGCUACUCCUUGAGAAGGUUUCUCACGGCCCCUGUCCAGUCAACACUGUAUCUUUCAAUGCCAGGGAAGAUGAAACUAUUAUUUUUCUGAAAGAGUUGAGUUGCUUGGCCUCUGGCAGAUUCCAUGCUUUUGCUGAGAAGAAUGACUAUAGAGAUGCUACUGGACCUGCACUAAAAUGUGAAGAGGAUGGAAAAGGUGUAAUUGCCCUGAAUUCCAGAAAAGUGAAAGGGCGAAUGCCACUAGUAGCUGGAAUCCGUGAGGAUGUCUUUUUGAUCUGGAAAGAGUUGGAGGAAGCCAGGAGUACAGUGAAACAAGUUCAGAAAAUUUUAUCAGAAUCUGACCAGCCUGCUUCUCAAGAUGCAACCAAAACUGAUCAUCCGUUACAAAAGCACACAUCUGACAAAUAUUUGAGUUCUGAGAAGUGGUUACAGAAGUAUGGCUUGAAAGCUCAGAAGCUCACACUGUACGAUGCACUUGCUGAUUGUACUUUUCGCCAUGCAGAUGGGAUUGUUGACAUAAAAACUAAACCAGAGGAUGAAUCUUCACAAACUGAUGCUGAGACAAAGAGGAAGGUAAUUCAUGCAAAAUACUGUGACAAGUUUGUACAUACCUUGUGGAAAGAUGGAUCUGUAGUUCACGUGUAUGUUAGUACAGAAAAAUAUAAGCAGUAUGAAGAGAAAAUGAGGGCGGCUCUCAGACAAGUGGAAGGAAGGAUUAAGUGGCUUCAACAGGGAAGCAGAGGGCUCUUUGGGAAUGUGUUUGAAGAUGAUGUCUAUAUUCUUAUUGAUACCUCCCAGUCUAUGAAGGAUAAGCUGCCACGGGUGAAAGAGAAAAUAUUUCAGCUCAUACAGGAACAAUUGAGAUGCAAAAAGAGAUUUAACUUUGUGAAAUUUAGUGCUCAAGCAGUGGCAUGGCAAGAGAAACUUGCUGAAGUUAAUGAGGAAAAUUUGCAAGAUGCUUGGCUUUGGAUAAAAGGGCUUGAGGCUGGAAGUUCCACAAAUACACUCAAAGCUCUCCAGGUUGCUUUUGCCGAUACUGACACUCAGGCUAUCUAUCUCUUGACUGAUGGGAGACCUGACCAGCCCCCCCAAAUAAUUCUGGUUCAAGUCCAGCUUCAUCGUAAAAUUCCCAUCCAUACAGUAUCCUUCAACUGUGAUGAUAUAGAAGCUAAUAAAUUUUUAUACAAACUAUCUACUGAAACUGGGGGACGGUUUCAUUAUUACAACAUUUAUUUGACUGAUCCUGAUGCUGCAGAGUUUAUUGUUAGCGAGGACAUACAUCUUUUGAAAAGAGAGAUUGAACAAGGAGAAAGAGACCUAGAGACAGUGAAGACCUUUCAUGCCGAAUGUCUGAUGAUGGAUUGUUAUAAAGGAGAAAAUGAUCCAAAGAAUAAUAAUCACAAGCAGAAGCAUACUGUGUCUUCUGAAACCGAAGACGUCGAAGAGCUGAGUACUCCUCUGAACAGUAGGCCAUGCUGUGCUUCAGAAGAGCUAGCGCUGACACCACAUCAGCAAACCCGGCAAACCACUGCUGACAGUCUAGCCCAAAGAAAGAAAGCAUUAUGUGCAGAGCAAACAAAGACAAGUCUGCUGCGAAUCCUGAGCCACAGUGUGAAAUCUAGGGAAGAAAGCCCAGAGGAAGGAAUAUCUCCUGAAAAGAAGAGUUUUUCUGUCAAAAAGAGUGUGAAAUGUACAACCGUUUUCAAAGAUCUGAAAUUGCAGAAAGCUGUGAAAAGGACAUCUAAAAGUCCUCUAGAUAUCUCUUCGGCUCUUUGGUUAAAGACUCAUGGCUUGGUUGCUAGGCGACUCACCAUCAUGGAUGCCUUAGCUCCUACAGCUGUCCCUCGUGGUACCAAAUACAUCCCAGUUCUGGACAAACACGUAGUUUCUAAAGUAUUUGAUGAGAUGUUACCGUUGGCCCACAUUAGCAAUGACAAGAAGCGGAUCACACUAAUUAAUCCUCAGGCAGUGAAUCUUGAUGCCUAUAAAGAGAAGCUGGAACAAGCAAUUAAAUCCUAUGAAAGGCGCCUAAACCUAGUAAUUUGGAGAGCACUAUCUCAGGAGGAAAGAGACAAAUUUAAAGAGUGUGGCCCAGUCCAAUAUAUGCAACAUAAAGAAGCUUUGCUGGAGGCUUUAGAGAAUUUGGGAUGGCCAAUUUCCUAUGAAGAUGUAAUGUUGUUAGAAGAUGAGAUACUGGCAGCAUUAACAUAUAUACAACAAGCCUCUGAUCUUCAGGAAGCUGUCAAAAAGGAAAGUGAGAAAAGCUCAGAAUCACACAUAAGGAAAAACAAAAAGAGACCUGAAGAAGAAACUGUGAAGUCAAAGUCUAAAAAAACACAAAAAGGCCGAGUAUUUGUGACUCACAAGAGCCAAAAGGUGAUUGCAAGAUCAGAUGUCACGGGAUUUUAUUAUCCAGGAACGGUGAUAAAAAAUAUCAGUUCUACCUGUGUACUUGUUGACUUCAGCAAUGGGGAGAACUGGAUUGUACCUGUGACGUUCGCUAUACCUGUGGGAGGUGCUAUGCCAUGCCCAUAUCUGCAGGUUGGAGACUAUGUGUUUGCCAGAACUGGGACACAGACAGGAAAUGAAUAUUAUGCGCCUGCCAUUGUCAUAGCAACGCCAACGAGGGUGGAAAUGGGUGAUAAACUCUACACAGUUCUGAUGUUCAACAACAGGAAAGAACAAUGUGUAAGAAGUGGGCUUAUUAAAAUCAGCCAAAUAAAGUAUGCCUUUUCCUGUCGGUACAUAAAAAUGGUGCAGAUGGUGGAUCAUAUGACCCCGGACAGAGAGACCACAGAGCCCUAUCCUCACUCAUCUGUGGAAGAUGAAGAAAGAGAAGAAGCAAGGAAAACUAUUGUGAAAGAAGACAGGGGAAAAAAGAAAAAGAGGAGGAGAGCCGAAGACAAAAGACAUCCCAGGGAGAAGAUGUUGGACUCUGAUGAUGUUUUGUUUGUCUCCAGAAGGGAAGUAAAACAGAGAGAAAGAAAUUCACUGCCCAGCAAUGAAGAAGAAUUUGAAGGUGGAGCUACUUCACUGGAAAUGCUCAGUUAUCACAGACUCCUCCCUCUUGGACAUCUUGAGAUGCAGAUGCUGAGUAAAUGUGAAAUACUGCUAUUGUGACCAGCAAGUCCUGUUACUGAUUCCAUGAAGGUUGAAGGAAAUAUUAAAUGAGAGCAGUGGCUAUCUAGCACUUGAAUCCUGCCUAGCUUUACCAAGUAAUCUCAAGAGUACUCUGUCAAGAUUCUAACAAGACUUCAAGGUGGUAUGCAGGUCAAACAUACUAAAGAGGGUACACUGUCCUCUUCUGAUGACACCAUUGACGUUGGACGUGGCUUUUUUUAGCUUAAAUGUAUUUUUAUUUACAUAUCCUUCUGUGUUUUAUCAGAAAGGGGAAAGUCAGAGAGCUGAUGAAGAUAUUAAAUAAGAUUGUAUGGUCAUUCUCACAGAGUUUCAUCAGAUAACUCUUUAUCCAAUCUCUGUACAUGACUGUGUAUUUAUCCUCUUUGGGUGUAGACAUUUGUCCCAUUUUCAAACUACGCUAACGAUUUCAUAGCAUUUUGCGUAUAUAAUUUUGUAAAUUAUAUCAAAUGUGUUACUCAAUUCCUGACAUACACAUCUAUUUUAAUGAUGUUAAUACUGGAUAUAAUUUUAAGGAGUGAAGAGAAUAAAGAAGACGAA